AUAACAAAACAACAGAAAACAAUGGAACAAGUGUUGGAAAAACUGUCAGAAGUGGUCCGAGAUAUGCAAACAUGUUUGCAGUGCAAAAUAUGUUUGAGUACUAUCUCGGACCCAACGAAAACACUUUGCGGGCAUGUAUUCUGUCGCACGUGCAUCGAAACAGUAUUACAAAAUAAAAAUGCGCCCUGUCCACUCUGCAAGACAAUCAUACAUCAUCGUAACAUUUCUACGGACGAGCAAAUGAUAGUAUAUAACGAUCGAUUCAACAAGCUAAUCGAAGCGAUUAAAUUGGAUUCAGGCAUCGACAUACUGACUCACUUACCUAAACCACGGGAGAGUUCUUUAUUAAGUAACACGGAACAAUACAAAUUAAAUUUCGAAGAACAGAUAAAACCGAGCUGUUCUUACGUCAACACCAGUUUACCAACAAGACAACCUGCGAGUAAAGCAAAUCGGAACACGCAGAAAAGUAGGAAAAAGGUAUCAAAGGAUCAGAAGGGCAAACAGAAGAACGAGGCGAGCGAGGAAGGCAGUAUAACGAAGUAUCUGUCGAAAUGUGGCUUCUCUGGAGUGGAACCACUGCCUCUUGACGAAUUGAACGAUUUCCAGGAAACAACGGUAUCGAAGGUGCACAGUUGGCUGGAAACUUUGCCAAAAACCGCAACACUUGACAGUCCUAAUAGAAUCGUACCCUUACAAUCCGCGGAGGGCGAUCUUGACGACACCUUGACGGUAUCAGUUUCUCAAAAUGUUAACACCAGGAUGGAAAACUUUGACAUAGAUGCUGCAGUUGUGGCUGAGUCAGUGGACCAAGGCAAUAUUCAAAAUGGUAGACGUUCUUCGAGGAGUUCCAUGCAACAUGAAAAUAAUGAAAAAGAUUCGAACGAUAAGGAGUAUAGAAACUCGUUUGGAGCGAGAAACGAGAAGAAAUACUUAUUAACGGUGGAUUUGAAUAUGGAUAAUCAGAAACCAAGCACGUCUGGGGUGACGAGGGCGAGCAAAGACAAAGAGAGGAGUGAAGAGAGGCGUAGCGAAGACAGAGAGAGGAGUGAAGAGAGGCCUAGCGACGUUCAUAGAACGUCCAGCUGCAACAUGUUGCCUACUAUGAAGCAGAACUGGUCUUCAGUAGUUAAAUUCGGCAAGGAAAUGCGCACGAAGAGGAAGAAAUUGAGGACACUGAACGUGAGCAUCGAGAACAAGAGCAAACCUCGAUCGCUCGAUGAGUCAGCGUCGAACAAGGAUGAAACUGUCGGGUUAAAAUUGACGAAAGAUACGUUUCCUCAGUCGACUCCAGCCAAAGCAACGGGAUUCCAAGAUCUGGCGAAUCUGGCUAACGAAUCGAGUAGUAAUUGCGACAUUUCGUCCUUGACGCCAAUGAAGAGAAUCGAGACGAUAGACGAGUCGUGCUCAGCGUCCAAAUUGCAAGCUUCGCCGUUGAAUUGUAUUAGACUGUCCUUGAAAAGGCGAAGCACCGAUCCCAUAGCAAACGAUUCAUCCUGUUCGAGCGCUGACUCGCGGUUGCAGGCAGUCAGACGCGACUUGAAUCACCAGAUCGAUCAGAGCGAUAAGGAAAAUGCUAAUGCAAGGAAGAGGAGCGCAGUGGAAAUAAUUGAAACGGAGGAGAAUGGUUCUUCGAGAAGUACCCAGCAGGAUGAAAGAGGGGUGAAAGGCGUAGCCGCCAUUUCGAGCGAGUUUACGAGCAGGAGGCAAGAAAACAGGGAACAGAGUGGAUGUCGUGUCGUAAUCAGAAAGCUAGGAAAGCUUUGCAAGCACGGUAAGAAACGCGUGAAAUUCUUAUAUCUAGGCCCAACCAGGCAAAAACUUGAUAAUCCUGCGGACGCAUUGGAGCAGGUGUGCACAUCAAAGAAUGGUUUUGGAAAUGAGAUGUACAUCACUGUGAAUAAUACGCCAACGUUGCAAGAAGAAGAAAAUAAUCCACUGGUGGAAAAAACGAGUAAACAGUCUGUGGUGAAAGAAACAAGUGUAUCAAAAAUUUAUUCCGUUAAAACAGUAUCUAAUAAUAAAUUGGAUGACCACGACCAAAACACCAAGCACAAAAAUCUUAUUGAAGCUGACAAUAAUGAUGCUGGUACAUUUCAAUAUGCAGAUACGCUCAUUGUAUCUUUAGAUGAAGUACAACCGACUCAAUUGCCUAUUGAACGUUCAAUAAAAUCUCCCAAGAAGACAGCGGCCAAUAUAAAGAUGUUAUCGCCAACGAAGGACUCUCAGCUUCAAUUUCUGUCAGUAGAGUCCCCCAGCGUGGACACUCUUCAAACUCAGAUACUGAACCAUCGAUCUAAGACAGCAAAAGACGGCAGCCCAAGGAGGAGCAGUUUCUCUGAAAUCAAAGGAGUCCAUUCCAGAGCUCUUAUACGCGCGUCACAACAAGCUUCCACCAGUUCGACUUCGCCUGGUACGCCUCAUCGAAAGAGGAAAAGAUGUGACAACCGUGAGAAGUUGUCAGACAGGAUGAAGAGAAAGUCUGAAGAAAAGAAAGAGGAAAGCGAGGACUCCAAUCACAGCUUAUCGUCACAGACCACGCGUCUCAGAAACUUGAACAAAGAGGUUCUCGUCGUCAAGAAGACCAACGAAAUGAUCCAGUCGUCCAAUCCCAGCACCAAAGACAUCGAGGCAAUGUCUCUGAGCUCUGACACGGAUGUCAUAGCCAGUGGAUGGAAAAAACUGCACAGAAGGCCGUUGUUUGAUAGCUCAGACGAUUCUCCUGACAUUGUUUGCGUAAACAAUGUUAACGAUCAGAAGUUUGUGUCUCCUAGCUCGAAGCGGAAACGAGCUAUAUCCUCUGAUUCUGACGGGGAAGUGAAUCUGACCGAGAUCUUGAGCGACUGGUACGCUGAUACAAGGCGGAGUGAGAAAUGUAAGAAGAAGGGCAAGGUGGAAGAGGCUUGUGAGAUAUCUAACUCGAACAACGUGGCUAAAGAUAACGUCUCAUCGAAACCUUCUUCGUCUGAUUGCAACAAACUAAUUAACAAACUGCCUACCAGUUCUCAAAACAUACCUCGGUCCAAGCUGCUUUAUAUAUCUAGUUCUGUGAAAUCUAUUUUCGCUGGGAAUACCUGGAGGCAGACUGUAGAGGAAAAUGCGUUGUUUGAUGAGGACUCGCCUGAUUUUGGAGAGACUAUAGACAAGAUCAAGGAUGUAAGGAAUAAGGUGAUAGGUGAAUCUGGUAGAAGAGAGGGGGCUGUUAUAGAUGAGUGCUUGUUGCACAGUAACUUCGACGACAUCAUGGCUAACGUAGACACAGAUGCGUUUGUCGUUGAGUAUUUUGGUGAUAAAAUGAAUAAACGGGAAUAUGUCGAGUGCUUGAAGCAAGAUUCUAGUGAUAGCAAUUCGAAACAGGAAAAAGCGACUGUUGUCAGUGUUCACAGGUUGAAUAAGAACGUUUCACACACUCAUGGUUCGAAUAGUUCUGAUAAGGAGAACAAACAUAAAAAUCCUAUGGUGUUAAAUGACAGCAUUGAUGAAAAUGAAAGGACUUUGGUUCCUUGUGUCAAUGUGGCGAACAAGAGUAUGAGGAAAGAUAAAUUGCAGCAGACAACUGGAAUGUCUGUGGUAACUGGUUCGUCUAACGAUGAGUUACUAACAAAAAAAAGUGUAGUUCAUAUGAAAGAUUCGUAUGAUCAGGAUUCUUUGAUGAAUAUCACGCAGCAUUAUUUGAUGAUGAAACAGUUUGAGGAGGAUUUACUUGGAAAGUCUAAGAAUUCAAAUACUUCAAUAAAGAAGCAUCCAGAGAAAAUGGAACUACAGACCCCGCUGAUGAUGAAGCAGUAUACGGAAAAGGACAUCGAACACUCAGGUGAAGAAGACGACAUUGUCGAGAACACUCCUGACACAAAGACGAAAAACAACAUCCAAGCGUUCAGUUCGCCAAAAGAGAGUUCGAUCGCGUCACCGAUCACGAAAAUCAGUGAGAUGCAGUGCCCUAUCAAAACAACUCCAGCGUGCAAGAAAAGCAUACAUCCUCUCUAUCAGAGCACCCCUAAAGUACAACAGUCUACCUCUAAGGACAAUUACAGCACCGCGAAGCUAGUUUCAAACUUGAACGAAUCCACGUUCAGCAGACAGUCGGAGAGCACAGUGCCGAGUAACGUUCAAAGCGUUUCGAAUGUCAACAAACAGAGGCUCUGUUUCGUGUGCAGCGGUUUGGUACCAUCACAAAUCGAACACGUGAAAAGACUGGCGCAAACGGUGAACGCUAGGUACAUGACGCAGUUCAAUCAAGAUGUUACACACGUGAUUGUGAAAACGGACCAAGAGAACAACGGAGCGAACAAAACGUUGAAGUACCUGCAGGGUAUCGCCUAUGGGAAGUGGAUAGUGAGCUAUCAGUGGGUGAUGGACACGCUAAAGGAGCGGAGAUUGAUAAGCGAGGAACCGUAUGAAGCGGUGGACAGCAGAACGCUCGAGGCUGGUCCUCGGAAGUCACGACUCAAGGAGAAGGACUUGUUCCAGGGGUUCGCGUUUCUGUGCAUUGGACCGUACGAUGAUGUUUCUGUUGAACAGUAUCAGGACUUGCUGCGCGCUACCGGCGGCAUUGUGGUCGACUCGUUAGACGCUUUGGCCGCUGAAAAGAAAAGGUGGAGGGUCAUCGUGAUCCAAGCUGACAUUUACGACUACGAGGUUAUUAAGUGGUAUAAAAAGACUGAAGCCGUACCAAUCGUCCACGACUGGAUAGUCGAGUGUAUCAGUAGGUAUAGACUGAUAUCGUUCUAUCCGUACCUGCAGGAGCUAUCGCGGCAAAACGUUCUAGACCUCGGUUAUCCAGAAUUUCUCGUCGAAGAAGAACCUGACGGGGACUCUGACACCACGGCGGACGCGUGA